UUUGUUCUCCAUCAGUCAGUCAGUCAGUCAGUCAGUCACGUGGCUUAGCUGGAUACCAGCAGUAAGAUCUCCUCGCCCUUCUGGGCGUUGUGUGGACUGCGCCGUGCACUUCCCACGCUGACAGGACACGCUUCUCGCCAGGACAAAGGAUGCCCGAGCCGAGCGUGGAGCCACGUGAGUCGCGCCGCGGAGGGGCGUUGCCCCGCGGCAGCUGAAGGCGUGGUCGCCACCGCACCGAGAUCCGCGCGAACAACGGCACACGCUGCACGUGCCUCUUCCGACACUUACUACUGGACCCCGCUGCGCAUUCGCUCGGGAAACACCUCUGCACGUCGCGCUAGCCAAGCCGCAUUUCCGCGUGUCCCCCGAACCGAUUCCACACGCACCCCGCAACACAUUCAUAAAUGGCGCUGUUGUGUGCUGCUACGAUCCCGCGGCGCGCCGCAUCCCUGUGCGCGGCCAGGAAUGUCGGGGCGGCAUGCUUUUAAAAAUAGCACCGCGCGCCUCCAGGCUGCCAGGCUGCGCUGGUGACCCUCUGGCGAGCGGCGGCGGCGGCGGCGGCAGCGGCAGCAGCAGCAGCAGCUCUGCGGGGACACAAGCGGGAAUGAGAAGAUGGCUGCGGAUCUAGGCGAGCUGCUGGUCCCUUACAUGCCCACCAUCAAGGUGCCCAAGACGGGAGACAGGGUCUACAAGGACGAGUGCGUCUUCUCCUUCGACUCGCCCGAAUCUGAAGGUGGCCUCUAUGUGUGCAUGAACACGUUCUUGGGCUUCGGCAGAGAACAUGUGGAAAGGCAUUACCGCAAAACCGGCCAGAGCGUUUACAUGCACCUCAAGCGGACCAUAAAGGAGAAAGCCACAGGUGCUGCAGGAGGGGCUGUGCCAAGAAGAAGGAAUGGUAAAGUUUUCCUAGAUUUAGAACUUAACUGCGAUUUUAACUGCGACGAUUACGAAUAUGAAGAUGAAGCCAAGCUUGUCAUAUUCCCAGACCACUUUGAGAUCCCCUUACCAAAUAUUGAGGAGUUGCCUGCACUGGUGACAAUUGCCUGCGAUGCCGUGCUCAGCGCCUCCUCCGCCUUCAGAAAACGGGAACCGGAUUCCUGGGAGGAGGAACCGCAGGUGUCGAAGCAUGCCAGGAGCCUUCGACAGCAGGACAACGGGGUGCGAAUCCCGCCCAGUGGCUGGAAAUGUGCCAAGUGUGAGAUGAGGGAGAACCUGUGGCUCAACCUUACGGACGGAUCAGUGCUGUGUGGGAAGUGGUUCUUCGACGGUAGCGGAGGAAACGGACAUGCUCUGGAGCAUUACAGAGAAACCAACUUCCCCCUGGCAGUCAGACUGGGCACAAUAACUCCAGAUGGAGCAGAUGUUUAUUCCUUUGAUGAGGAGGAAGCUGUCCUGGACCCACAUAUAGCGGAGCAUUUAGCCCACUUUGGAAUAGAUAUGUUACAGAUGCAAAAGAGGGAGAAUGGCCAUGUGGACAACGAGGUACGGCCACGGGUGACUGAGUGGGAAGUGAUCCAGGAGUCGGGUCUGAAGCUGAAGGCGGUGUAUGGCUCGGGUUACACCGGCAUCAGGAACUUGGGUAACAGCUGCUACUUGGGGACCACCAUGCAAGUCCUCUUCAGCAUCCCAGAGUUCCAGAGGGCAUACGUUGGGAAUCUUCAGAGGAUAUUUGACUAUUCGCCCCUAGAUCCUUCGCAAGAUUUCAGUACACAGAUGGCAAAGCUUGGACACGGACUUCUCUCAGGCCUGUACGCCAAACCUCCGGCAAAGUGUGAGCUCAUAGAACAGGUGAUGAAAGAAGAACACAAGGUAUCAGACGUGCACCAGGAGAGAGGUAUAUCUCCUCGGAUGUUCAAAGCUCUGGUCAGCAAAGGUCAUCCUGAAUUCUCAUCCAACAGACAGCAGGAUGCCCAGGAGUUUUUCCUACAUAUAAUCAACCUAGUAGAGAGGAACAGCGCCGGUGCAGAGAAUCCCAGUGAUGUGUUCCGCUUCCUGGUAGAGGAGAGGAUACAGUGUUGCCAGUCGCGGAAAGUGCGCUACACCCAGAGGGUGGACUACCUCAUGCAGCUCCCCACCCCCAUCGAGGCUGCCACCAACAGGGAGGAGCUCAUAGCAUAUGAGGCGAAACGGCAGGAGGCUGAGGAGAACCUGAGGACCUCACCAGAGCCAGUGAGGGCCAAAAUUCCAUUCACAGCAUGCGUGCAAGCCUUCACCGAGCCCGAAAAUGUGCCGGACUUCUGGAGCUCGGCGUUGCAGGCCAAAUCAGCCGGGAUCAAGACUUCCCGUUUUGCCUCGUUCCCCGAGUACUUGGUGGUGCAGAUAAAGAAGUUCACCUUUGGGGUUGACUGGGUCCCCAAAAAAUUGGACGUCUCCAUAGACAUGCCGGAUUUCUUGGAUCUGUCCCGGCUCCGUGCCACGGGUUUGCAAGCUGGUGAGGAGGAGCUGCCCGACCUCACUCCACCCAUCGUCCUCCCAGAGGACACCAGAGAUAGCUCAAUGACGGACUCUCCGGAAAUAGACGAGUCUGCCGUGAUGCAGCUGGCAGAGAUGGGCUUUCCCCUGGAGGCGUGUCGGAAGGCCGUGUACUACACGGGCAACAUGGGGGCCGAGAUGGCCUUCAACUGGAUCAUCGCCCACAUGGAGGAGCCAGACUUCGCAGAGCCUUUAGCAGUGCCUUCCUACUCCGAACCCGGGCCUUCCAGCCCCAGCCAGGGCCCCUCCAUGGACAGUCAGCCCCCUGAGGACAGCGUGGCCAUUCUCACAUCCAUGGGCUUCUCCAGGGCCCAAACCAUUCGAGCCCUCAAAGCAACCAACAGUAAUCUGGAGCGGGCACUGGACUGGAUCUUCACCCACCCCGACAGCGAGGAGGAGAGCGAGGCAGUGUCCGAUAUGGCUGACACAGAGCCCAAUGACAACGCCUUCUCCAACGCCAACAUGAACAGUGACUCCACUCUGUCCCCAGACCUGGACCCGACAGGUCCCAGAAUCAAAGAUGGACCUGGCCGAUAUGAGCUCUUUGCCUUCAUUAGCCAUAUGGGGACAUCCACAAUGUCUGGCCAUUACGUUUGUCACAUCAAGAAGGAGGGAAGGUGGGUGAUUUACAACGACCACAAAGUCUGCCUUUCGGAAAGACCUCCCAAAGACUUGGGCUACAUCUACUUUUAUCAUCGAUUGUCCUGCAGCUAGGCCCGAAUCCUCUAUGUUCGAACCUCAGAGGCGGCUGCUAUCUUCUAGCCCAAAGGAAGGAUUGUCCACAACAGGAGCCACACCAGCUGAGAGGAGACUCAAAGUAUCAGAGCUUUCUUAGUCAAAUGUUUGCUUUUGUUUGUCUGCUUUCAUGGAAAUGUGUCAGUGCUCAAAGGUGGCCCUAAAGAGGAGAUGUGUGCAAUUUUUUUGUUGACAUUUGUAAGUAACUGGCAAGAAUUUAUGCGGUAGUACAUAUUGGACCUUAAUGGUGUUUUCUAUACCUUCAUCUUUUAUGUCAAAUUUUCCAAAGUGCUCAGAUAUGUGGUAGCAAUUACGCAAGGCUAGCUGAAUAACAACCAAUGUUCGAAAGCAUAUCAUUUUAAGUUAAAAUCAACGCGAAGGAACUCUAAUUAUCUCUGCGUAUUUCCUUCUGAGUUCUGCUACAUGAAAUGUGUUAAUGAGACGAGACAUGAAGGAGCUGCUCCGCUUACUACGUGAACUAAGGUGAAGGACCAUUCUUCCGCAGUCUUUCUCCCUUUAUCUCAGAUAAAUGUUUCUAUCGCACCAGAAAGAGAAAUGCCGUGACUUUUAGAUGUGAAAAUAGAAGGGAUGAGUAAUUUGACUAAUUCAGCUUAAAUACUAUAAACUGAAUGUCACAUCAGUGGGGCUUUUUAAAAACUUGUUUACCAACGACUUUUAUCUAAAUCUGUUGCAUUUUCCCCAAGAUUCCCUUGUUUAGUGUUCAAUCUGGAGUCAACAGCUGUCACACAGGAGACAUGGGGUCCCUUUGGAAUUAGGGUGACUUUUGCUAGAGCUCUUUUCAAAUGCAUUUAUCUGUUCAUCAUUGCUUUAUUUCUCUUGAAAGCACUUUUAUUCAAACAAAAGUCUUUUGUUUGAAAUAGAAAAAAUGCACAGAAUAACUUGAUUCGUUUUAUCAUUUGUUUUAUUAUUUUUUUUUUUCCUCACUUGAAUGUGACAGAAGUGAAAGAUUUGUUCUGGAACCAACAUUUCCACCACUGACCCAUCUGAUUACUGAUUGUUUUUUUAAUUUAUUUAUUUAAAGUAGAAAUGGCUCCAAUGUUUUGUCACAAGGUUUGUAUUAUAAACACACAUUUCUCCUAAGUCACUGUAAAGAUGAUGUCAGAAUGAAAAAGUGUCUCAGUAAGCAUCUAAGUUCCUAAACAGAACUUUUCCAGACAUGAUUUUUUUUUUUCCCGUUAAUCCUUUUGUUGUUAAGAUUAUGGUUCCUUUAGUCAUACAUGUAAAUUGCAAAAGCAAUGUGUUGGAUUACUUUGAUUUUCUUUAUUCAGAAUUAUUUAGAGGAAGAAAUACUGUUCAACAGUGAGCAGUGUGAACUUAAAAGCUGCCUCACAUUAAAGUCUGUUAUCAUUGUGGACUAUUAGCUAUUUUCAUUGAGCAAAUGAACACCAAAUACGGAGAAAAUGAGCGGCAGCAUUAAAUACAACGCCAUGUCAAUACUGUGGACGGCAUCAUCAAUGCCUUAUACAAAUCUGAUGGAUUCAUUCCUUUUCAGAGGACCUUUGAAAACCAAAUUAUUUCAGUUUUUGAAGCAGUUGCACAUUUCAAAACAGUUUUUUUCACUGCCUCU